AUGAUAGUUCCUUCGGAAGCUUGUGCAAGAGCAAGAGGAACAAGGCAUGUUAGAGCUCCUACACCAACAACUAGUAGUACAAUUUUGCUGUUGUGGGUCAUCUUAAUUUUCACUCAAAUAAGUUUUUGUUUGGCUGCUCAUGAAGAAUCUGGUAAGUUCAAUAGGUCUCCGCCGAGGAAAGAUCGUUUUUCUCAGACACCAUUGUUUCAUGCACCUUCAACUUCUUCAAGUAGUAGUAGUAGUACUACUCCAGGUCAAGCUGGUGCGGCCACCAUUAAUGGAGAUUCGGACACAGUAUAUGGGGACGAGAAGAGAAUAAUUCAUACGGGUCCAAAUCCUCUUCACAACUAG